CGUACAGGAUUAUCGAGUGUCAAAGUAUUCAAGAUGAAGUUCAGCAUCGUUGCCGUCUAUCUCUCCGCCUUCGUUGGAGGCUCGUUGGCCGCCGCUCUAAAUGAGCGUCAGGCACCACCUGCACCGGGCCCCGCGCCCCCGACGCCCAAGGUCAUCCCCGUUGUCGUUGGUAGCCCGACUCGUGAGAAGUCUCUGCUCUUCUAUCCCGAGGUCGUAAAGGCAAACCCUGGCGACAUUGUUCAGUUCCAAUUCUGGCCCAACAACCAUACCGUCACCCAGGCCGCGAACACCCAGGCCCCGUGUAACCCUCUCCAGGACACGAUGCCGAAUGGCGUUCAUUCUGGUUUCAUCCCGGGAGUCACAGACGGCUCUCCAGUCGGAACUUUCAACGUUCAGGUUGAGAAUACCGAGCCCAUGCUCAUGUACUGCGCCCAAGGCAUGCACUGCCAGCUUGGCAUGGUCAUGAUCAUCAACCCCAAGGCGGACGCCGAUGUCCAAGCAUACAAGACGGCCGCUAAGGGAUCACAAAUGAACGUCCCCGCCAAGAACGUGGCUGGUGGCUCUGCGGGCAGGAUUCCCUCAAAUUUGGCUGUUCCACCUGUUGUUUAGAGGAAAGGGCGCAUAUGUAGCGGCUGAAGUCACAGUGAACUUGCAUCAAAUCAACUACGACUUGUAAUUUGUGUUUACAUGAUCGCUUGCCGUCACCUACUAAUUUCGGCAAGCGGAUAAACUUGAGCAAGGGGAUGGCGCUGCUGAUGCGGGCUGUCGGCUAGAGCUUUGAAGAUUUGCGUGCGCGGAGUCUGGUUGGUUAUAAAUUCGAGGAUCGAGUGUUAAAUCAAGAAAUCACGUUUUCUAGGCG